GACGCGCCUCACCGAACGUAGCGCUACGGUGCGGGCACCGGACCGACAACUUCGCUACGAACUUCGUAAGCGCUACGACUCGUAGUUUAUCACAAUUCGAAAUGACACAAACAAAGUGAACUCUCAAAUUUGACUCUGCAAUGUGAUUUGAAUGAUGUUUAGAAAACUUUUGUUCUAUAUACACUUUGGACUUGUCUUCUAUGUUGUAAUUUGUUUUAAGGACUCUGUCGAGAUUCCCCGCUUUGAAGACAGCCUGAACAACUUGACCGUGUCAUUGGGAAGAGAAGCGGUAUUCACUUGCGUCGUCAAUGACCUUGGCUCUUACAGGGUGGCGUGGCUACGCGUGGACACGCAGACUAUCCUGACGAUCGCUAGUCACGUGAUCACAAAGAACCACAGGAUAGCUGUUAACCACAGCGACCGCCGAGUUUGGUUCCUGCACAUACAUGACGUCAGACAGUCGGAUCGUGGCUGGUACAUGUGUCAACUCAACACAGAUCCGAUGAAGAGCCAAACGGCCUACUUGGAUGUAGUAGUGCCGCCAGACAUCCUAGACUACCCCACUUCCAGCGACCAAGUGGCGCGCGAGGGAGCGAAUGUCACGUUACGGUGCGCUGCCCACGGAGUACCCACGCCCAACGUGGUAUGGAGGAAGGAGGCCGGUGAUCUGUUGCCUACAUCCAACUUCAGCGACACACAUAAUCAUCAUUUUUUAGAUACAUCGGUUAGCGGUGCGGUGUUGCAUCUAGUUAAAGUAUCAAGACUACACAUGGGCGCUUAUCUGUGCAUCGCCAGCAAUGGAGUGCCACCUUCCGUUAGCAAGCGCGUCAUGCUUGUGGUACAUUUUCCACCAAUAAUGACAAUACAAAAUCAGCUGGUGGGAGCAAAGGAGGGAGACACAGUAUUCUUAGACUGCCACUCGGAGGCGUUUCCUAGAUCUAUCAACUAUUGGACAAUAAACGACCAAAUAAUAUCACAAUCGGACAAAAGGUUCGAAAUAGCGUCAGUGGAGAGAGGAUAUGAAGUGGACAUGAGGUUGAAAAUCAAGAAAGUGGGAAGGUCAACUUUUGGAACAUACAGUUGCAUAUCAAAGAACUCCUUAGGAGACACAGAUGGAACAAUUAAACUGUACUCGCUGUCUGGCAAGUACGAAGAGAUGCAGUACAACGAGGUGGAAUUCGACGAGACACCAGACGUGAGCGAACUCGAAGCGCUCAAGCGGAGUGAUGGAACGAGCAGCGCCCCAACGAGCUUCCACUUCGCUGUGCUCCUGUCGCUCGUUGUGUUAUAAUGCUACUUUGUAUAUAUGAAAUAUAUUGUUAC